GAGCGCGAGGACGUAGGGUUUUCGAGUUUGCGCAGUAGGUGCAUCUGCCGCGACCCUUCGGUCUGAGUGGGGAGGGGGCGACGUGGAGAUGGGGGCGGCGGCUGCGGAAGCUGACCGCACUCUCUUUGUGGGCAACCUUGAAACUAAAGUGACAGAGGAGCUGCUUUUCGAGCUCUUCCACCAGGCUGGGCCAGUAAUAAAGGUGAAAAUUCCAAAAGAUAAGGAUGGUAAACCAAAGCAAUUUGCGUUUGUGAAUUUUAAACACGAAGUAUCUGUUCCUUAUGCAAUGAAUCUACUUAAUGGAAUCAAACUUUUUGGAAGGCCCAUCAAAAUUCAGUUUAGAUCAGGAAGUAGUCAUGUCUCACAGGAUAUCAGUUUAUCAUACCCCCAGCAUCAUGUUGGAAAUUCAAGCCCUACCUCCACAUCUCCUAACAGCAGAUAUGAAAGGACUGGGGAUAACAUGACACCAUCAUCACAGAUAAUUCAGAGAUCAUUCUCUUCUCCAGAAAAUUAUCAGAGACAAGCAGUGAUGAACAAUGUUUUAAGACAAAUGCCAUAUGGUGGAAAAUUUGGUUCUCCACAUGUGGAUCAAUCAGGAUUUUCACCAUCAGUUCAAUCACAUAAUCAUUCUUAUAACCAGUCUUCAAGCUCCCAGUGGCGCCAGAAUACACCACCAUCACAGCGUAAAAUCAGACAGAAUUCUCAUCCCUACCUAGCAGAGAGACCUUAUAGCCGAGAACAGCGUUACACUGAUCAUGGGUCUGACCACCAUUACAGAGGAAGCAGGGAAGAUUUCCUCUAUGAAGAUAGGAAUCAUGAUGGCUGGAGCCAUGAUUAUGAUAACAGAAGGGACAGUAGUAGAGAUGGAAAAUGGCGGUCAUCUCGACACUAGCACAUAUUAAAAAGGACAUUAUUUUAUAGGGCCAUUUUAGGCUCUUUUGACUAAGUUUUGCUGAAAAUAUUUUGAAAAAUUGUACAGAAAAGCUUUUCCAGUUGCCACAUUUGUAAAAAACCUAUAGCUACAGUUAAAUACAGAAAUGAGAAGAAUUGUGGUUCCAGUCUUAUUUCAUUAAUAACCUUUCACCUCAGGGUUUUAUGAAGAGGAAAGGGUUUAUGCAAAUGAAAGUGCCAUGGUUCCUAAUCAUUUAGACAGCUUCAGAAGGGUGGAUUGUAUACCAGGCAUAAUUUUUUUAAAAUUUAAAUUUUGAAAAAAAGAUUUAUAGUAAAAGAUACAUCUCUAAUGCUGUUGUGUAUUUUACUGUAACAAGUUUUACAAAUCUAAACAUUCCCAUAUACUUUGAUCAGACCUCAUAGAUGGUUGUAUUAUAAAGCAGAUAUUUUAAUUUUUUUGUACUGCAAGAAAUUCUGUGCUGAGUGAAUUCAGUUUUGGUGUAUAUAAUAGGAAGUCCGUAUUGAUAGUUAUCAGCUAAUCAAAUGGCUAUCUGUAUUUUGUUAAUAAAUGAGAAAAUAUAAUUUUUGAGUGAUUUUUUUUUUAAGUUUCAGAAAGUUAUUGUUAGAGGAUAAAUCAUUUUGUUUAACUUAGAGAAUUUAAGUAUAAGUUCUGUGAGAUGCUCUUUGUAACUUUACCCUGUACAAGUAUAAAUCUACAUAUACUAUUUCUUUGUAAAAUUUUAGAAAUUUUUAAUGAAAUCAUGUUUGAUGUAUGACUUGGUCACUCAGGAAGUUAAGUAUACAUGAAAUAUCUAUAUGUGUAUAUUUUUACAUGGAAAAUUACAGUAUUGAUGUGAAUUCGCUUUUUCAGGAAGAGCAAAAAUAUCAAUGCAUACUCGUAAAAUGUUUUACUGAAAGUAUUCUUUUUGGGAAAAAAGAUUCAUGAAGUCUUUAUAUGCUGCCUCUCUCACUCAAAUUUCAGAAAUUUUAACAUUUCCCAAGUUCCCUGUACCAAGGACACAUUUUGUUACAGAGAUUG